AUGCGACUCACCGCGUACUUGCUAUCCAACUUUAAACAAGUCAAGAGAAUGGCGCCUGCAAAUGUUUCUGAUGUUGAAAAAAAGCUACACGGCGUCGGCCUCGCGCCUCUGGAUGCCGGAAAGCUAGUGAUUGAAAAGAAUCCGAAUCCGCGCUCGCCACCACCAGCUAAAGGUCUUGUGUUUGGCAAAACAUUCUCCAACCACAUGCUCACUGUGCCUUGGAACGCCCAAACUGGCUGGGGACAGCCUAAGAUUGGUGCAUAUGGCCCGUUUAGUUUUGACCCAAGCACUGUUAUUUUCCAUUAUGCGCCGUCGCUUUUUGAGGGUUUGAAAGCGUACCGCGACCCUCAGGGCGAGGUACGUCUCUUUCGCCCAGACAAGAACAUGGAGCGUAUGAACACGAGCGCUGAUCGUAUUGCGCUUCCCCGCUUUGACGGCGAUGAGCUUGUGAAGUUGAUUAAAAAGCUUGUGGACAUGGACAAGGACUGGGUACCUUUUGAGGCGGGCUACUCACUCUACAUUCGUCCCACACUUAUCGGUACACAGCCCACACUUGGCGUUAGCGCAAAUGAAGAGGCACUUUUGUUUGUGAUUCUUUCGCCCGUCGGCCCAUACUACUCGUCCGGUGUAAAGCCGGUAGCAUUAGAGGCGAAUCCUGCGCGUGUGCGCGCUUGGCCUGGUGGUACCGGCGCAUCAAAGCUCGGCGCAAACUACGGGCCUGGUAUUCUGCCGCAGAUUGAGGCUGCGAAGCAAGGAUUUCAGCAAAAUCUCUGGCUCUUUGGCGACGAGCACUGGCUGACAGAGGUCGGCACGAUGAACUUGUUCAUCGUAAUGAAGAAAAACGAUCAAACGCUCGAGGUAGUGACGCCUCCGCUGGAUGGCAUGAUUCUCGCGGGUGUGACGCGCGACUCUGUGCUGGGUCUUCUUCGUGCGCAUAGCUCCGGAGAAGCGCCAUUGGCGGGGUUGCCAAAGAUCGAAGUCUCGGAGCGUAACAUCAACAUGAAGGAAAUCGUGGAUGCUGCGGAGAAGUGCAAUCUUGUGGAAGUGUUUGGCUCUGGUACGGCCGCUGUGGUGAGCCCCGUAAACAAGAUUGGUUACUUGGGAGAAGACAUUUCCAUUCCUGUGGGCGACAGUGGCUUUGGUGCUGUCGCCGAGAGCGUGCUGAACAAACUCUCGGCCAUCCAAUGGGGCAAAGAAGAGCACCCUUGGUCUGUGCGUAUUACAGAGUAA